AUGCAUUCUGCGCACAAGGCUUUUCCAAACGAUCCUAUAUUCACUCGACUUCGUCGGUUCUCUGUAGAGAGACCUGGUGAGGUAUUCCACGAUGAGUAUGGCGUCAAUGCAAGCUAUAACAACUUGAUCAGUGAUAUCACGCAUUUGCGCCAGGUACUGCGAGAAAAGCUUCCUAAUGGUCUUAGCGGAUAUAGCUUCAUUAUAAGCUUUCUGGCUAUUGCUGCCCUGGGAGGCAUUUGUGUUCCAUUGGCAACGACGGGUCUUCUUCCAGACGAAGCUUUAUACUACCUGAAUAAGUGCAAUGCAGCCUGUGUCUUGGCGGAAACCAGCCCCUUUGACAAAGCCGCGGAAAUCAGAGAUUAUGCCCGAGUCCAGGCGGAUCAACAAUUGAAGAUAAUUUCAGUGACGAGAGCGUACCGUGGCUCUGAUACAUACUCUAUGCAAAUAGACGAUGAGCUGACAUUCUCCCCAACAACUGGAUGUCUUGUUCUCUUUACGUCUGGGACAACCGGCCAACCAAAGGGCGCUUUGUUGCCUCGCCGGUUUUUCUAUUACAAGGAGUAUACCAUCUGUAGUCCGGCCGAUCUCUAUUUAUCUUCAACUGCCAUUCAUUGGAUAAGUGGCGCAGAGGGUCUCUUGUACAGCGUACUAAAUGGGGAGAGACUCUGGAUUAUGAAGAGCCAAGCGGAGCCUAUGAGGUUCUGGGAAAUCUUGGCAGAGGGGAAAGUGACGAGAAUGAGCGUGUCCCCAACACUUUUGAGAGCGUUGAUGGAUUAUUACAAGGAGAAUAUCCAAGUUCUUCCACAUCACUAUAGUAUAAGAUAUACUAAAGGGGCUCAAGGCUUACAAACGAUCUGGACAGGUGGUUCUGUUCUUAGCCCUAUCACCCGAAGGUUCUUUACCGAUCAGAUGAACAUUCCUAUCAGAAAUGGCUACGGGUCAACUGAAAUGGGCGGAGCUGUAAUGGCCACUCCAUCCAGUUCUGACUUUGUGGAUGGAUCUAUUGGUGGAGCAUUCCCAGGGGUGACAAUCAAGCUUUCUGACGGUGACCAUGGGGAAAUCUUAGUCAAAAACCCUAACAAGUUCAUUCAAUAUGUCAACGACGAAGCAGCCACACGAGCUGCAUUUGAUUGUGAAGGGUUCUACAAAACUGGCGACUAUGCUCACCGCGUUGGAGACCACUAUUUCUUUGACGGUAGGGCCUCAUGCGACUGGGUUCGUUUCCAUGAGUACACGAUAUCUGUCCUAGAGCUCGAGCGGUGCUUGAUGGACCUUCCAUAUGUCUCCGAAGCUCAUGUCCUUCCUGUUUUAGAUCAUCAAGCGGGUGGAUUGGCAGCGGCGCUUCUCCGACUUCAAAAGCAGAAAGCUACUCAAGAAGUACACCAUGUUAAUCUUCGAAGCGUCCGCAAAGACCUUGCUGCUACCAACAUGGUUUCAUACAAAAUUCCUACACUUUUACGGAUUCUCAAAAAUGAGGAACAGGUUCCCUUAUCAGCCUCCGGUAAAGUGCUAAAAAAGGAAUGUCUUCGAAGAUACUUCAAUAUACCUGGAUAUUUGCCAGAUCGGUAUGCAGUAGACGGUGUGGAGUACUGGGGAAACAGACUGGACUUGGCCGUCUCGACUCGCCUGUUUGACUGGGGAGGAAUAUAA